GCGGCGCUCGUACGCGCCACACAAGCCCGGCAAGUCCGUCGUCCUCAUCCUGCCGAGUUCACGCGGAGACCGGAAGCUGCGAUCCGUUUACGCGUCUUCGUAUCUCUUUUACGCGUGUCAACCCCCAUUUCUCCGUACCGCGCAUUCUUAUCGAAACCGUCACAUGGUGGUGCGGUUUUUUUUUUUCGAUGCUAUAAAGGGAGAAUAAUUGUGCACUUUUGAAUUUCAAAUUGAAAUCGGCGAGAUUGAUCCUUUUGUACGCGGGGGUGCGCGAGGGUUUUAUACGGGACAUGUAUGCCACGUGGAGCGGGCUGGAAGAUUCACCUGCUGCUACCGCCACCGAGUGGGAUUAGGCGAGCAGGCACGACGGAUGGCCUGAGCCUCGGAGCAAAUCUUCCAUGGACGGUCUACGAAAAUCGGAGGAUGACUCGCUGCUGCCGUGCAUCUUUCCAGGGUUCCCGCGUCGACGAUGUCGUCGACGAUCAGUUGUGAUCAGGAUGAAUUUGGGAUCGAUUCUAGCCCUGAUGAUGCUGAGCGCAGCCGGUGUCUCGUCCUCCCACAUGCCCGAGAAGUAUCCCAUAGAAGUGUACCAUAUGUUGCAAGAAAGAACGCAAUUUGGAAUGGGACGUGAUAAUAGGGUGAGAGGAACUUGGGGCAUGUGGAGCUCAUGGAACGAAUGUUCCAGAUCAUGCGGCACUGGUGUCCAGUCUCAAUCUCGAGAAUGCAUUCCUUUACGGAGACUUUUAAGAAGGCGAAGUAUUAUCUCAGAGAACGGUACGAGCAACGCCAGACCUAUUUGUAUCGGCACAUAUAAGCGUUAUCAUACGUGCAAUACGCAGGAAUGCCCGAACUUCCCGAAAGACCUGCGGGCGGAACAGUGCGCCAAAUAUAACGGGAGGAACUACAAGGGCCGCAGUUACGUCUGGGUACCUUUCGUAGACGCACCGAACUCCUGCGCGCUCAAUUGCCGUGCAGUCGGCGAGCGUUUUUACGCAACGCUUGAACCGGCAGUAAUGGACGGCACGCCCUGCGACGCUCCGAAUCUUCGCGGACGCGGCAGCAGCGGGAUUUCGACGGAACGCAACGGUGGCGAACGGUGGCUCUGUGUCGCCGGACAAUGCAAGUCUGUAGGAUGCGACGGGGUGGUGGGUUCCGGUGCGACGAUGGAUGCCUGCGGCGUGUGUGGUGGUCAGGGUAGGGGAUGCAGAUUGUUCGAAGGCAUCUUCAUGGAACCGAUCUUGCCCAAGGGUCAUCAGCAGGUGACUAAGAUUCCAAAGGGCGCCAUGUCACUUAACAUAUCCGAGCUACGGUUCAGCAGCAAUUUUUUAGCGUUGAGAGACGGUAAUGGCAGUUACAUCCUAAACGGACCGUGGUCUUACAGUCCCAGUGGUACUUAUAAAGUGGCUGGUACGAUAUUAACAUACCAAAGGGGCGAUAGAAACCGUAUGGAGUGUAUCUUAGCGACAGGACCGUUGAACGACUCUUUGCAUUUAGAGAUCUUAUCCGUGGAGUUAAAUCCAGGCGUCCUGUACAAAUAUAUGUUACCUAUGAAGGAAGUGCAGGAGAAUAAAGCGGUGAUUGCACCGCCGCUGCUUGUCGCAGGAUUGAAUGAUAGGGGCAAUGAGAUACCUAGUCCAGAUACUCAUGUGACCGUGCGGGUACCAAUUACAAGAAUAUCAGAUCAGCGAAGCGAUUUAUCUCCAACGCGUCGCGAUCGCGAUCCGCAUGACGGCGGACGGAAGGAAGAGAUGAAGCAUCCACCGACUACGGUGAUGGCGGGCGAUCAGCCAAAGUCAAAGACGACGAGGAAGAAGAGAAAAAGGAAGUUUGCCUGGAAAAUAAUCGGUUAUGCUCCCUGCUCAAAGGAAUGCGGAGGAGGCAUACGAACGACGAUUCUAAAAUGCAUUCGCGAGAAUAGCCAGACGCCUGUUAACGAUAAACGUUGUCGCAACGUGGAAAAACCGAAUCUUCCUCCCCCGCUGCGAUGCAACGAUCAUCCUUGCGCCGCCAGAUGGCGAGCCGAGCAGUGGAGCGAAUGUUCGGUCACUUGCGGAGUCGGCAUCAGAACGCGAAAACUCGAAUGCAUUCAGGAGCUGAACGCAAGAUUGACAAUGCGCGUCGCUGCCGGUGCGUGUAUUCAACCGCCAGAUCUGAGCACCACGGAAGCUUGCAAUCUGCCCGUCUGUCCCAACGCAGGCCCAGAAUUAAGGCAUAUGCCCUCACAACACGACGCACCCAGGUGGGAUGUGGGCGUUUGGAGUCCGUGUUCGACGACAUGCGGUCGUGGAAUCCGAAAUCGAACGGUGACUUGUAUAACGUCCGGAGAAUCGUGCUCGUUAGCCAAUAAGCCGGAAUCCCAAAAAGCGUGCGAGAUUACGACUUGUAAUGCAAUAACGGACAUGGGACAUCAUGCACCUUGGCUGUACUCAGAAUGGUCUUCUAAAUGCUCCUCGGAAUGUGGAAAUGGUCUAAAAAUCAGACGAGUGGCAUGCGCUGACGGUAGCGAAUUAUUUUGCAAUCCCAAAGAGAGACCUGACACGGAGAUGCAUUGUUUCGAACGAGGAACGAACUGCGAUCGACCCAAGUGGUUCACCGGUCCAUGGACUUCCUGUUCUGUCUCGUGCGGGGUCGGUAUGCAACAUCGAGAUAUCGCUUGCAUAGCUAGAACGAAUGAUGACUUUGUCGUACUAUCCGCAAAAAAUUGCAGUGAUCCGAAGCCAGUGACUAAACAAGUCUGCAGAAUGUCGAUAUGUUCGCCGGAAUGGUUCACUUCGAAUUGGUCGACGUGUUCUGCAACAUGCGGGAACGGUGUGCAAACGCGGCUUGUACGAUGCAUCGUGGAGGGUAUCAGUAGCAUCAAUUGUUCAGAAAUCACGAAACCAACCACGGAGCAACAAUGUAACAUGGAGCCAUGUAAAAAGGAUGCGCUAGCAGUGAACAAACCACCGAAAAAAGUGCACGAACCGUCCGAGUGUGUUGACAAGUAUCCGAAUUGCGCUUUAGUAGUAAAGAAUGGUUUGUGCCGAAUCAAAUAUUAUAAGCACUCGUGUUGUCAAUGCCGCCAGUAGCCGAGGAAACAAUUUUGCGUUCAUUCGCAAUUUUUAUGAAUGCGGAAUUAGCGUUUGCUAAUUAAAAUAUAGAUAUCAUGUCACACAGGCAAUUCCUGCCAAGCGUAAGACUGCUAUAGAAAGAUGAUCUUAUAUGUAUAGUUUUAUUUAUAGUAAACGAAUAACAUAAUUCUUAUAGAAUGGCAGAAUUCUUUUUUCUUUUUUUUUUUCAAAGAACAUCUCAACGAAUUAGAAGGAAUUGCCUAAUUCAGAAUGCAAAGUUUUCUUUGUCUUAAUCUUUCAUUUUAAUUCUUUGAGUUAAUUUUUGGAGAAAUAUUGAAACUAUGUUCUGAAUAAGGCAAAUAAAUAAAAUAAUAUAAUAAAAUAAUAAUGAGAUAAAAUACAGAUAUCAGAAAAAAAAACAAAAAUAUGCUACAUAAAAAACGAUAAGCUUCUAUCUAUUCGGAUUAAAAAUAGAUUUUUUUAUGAUAGAAGUCCUCGAAAAACUAAUCUUGAUUUUUCCGAGGAUCUCAAAUAUAAUGAAAAAGUUCAGUUUGUAUUGUUUGAUAUUGUCAGGUAUUUGUGUAAUAUAUUGCGAUGUGUGAUAUGAUACGUUCGUCCACCUGCAGGUACGUGUAUGGAUCGUUUAUGUUAACGUCGUGCAUGUACAAGUCGAUAUCUGUGUUAUCAUCGCCACGAACAGGGGAUGCAGAGCCGUAAUUUUAUCGAUUCGGACGAGCACUUAUGCAUUGUCGGCCCUGGUGCUUUUAUAUGCAGUAUCGCAAGCUUAAUUUUUAUAUGCUUUUUGUCAAGCGAUUUGUUUGCUGUAUCCAAAGUAAAAAAAAAUAUGUGAAUCUCAUUCUUGAAAACUCGAAAUAUCUUGAAGCUUCUCGUAUAGAAAAACAAGAAGUCUCAUAUUUUCAUCUCUAUUUAAUCUCAUAUUUAACGGUAAAUAUAUAACUAUUUCUACAUUUUAUUUAUUGCAUGUUAAAAAAUUUAUAUAUAGUAUGUGAAUCAGAUAGAUUUUAUUACAUUUGUAUUAAAUGUUGUGCCAUAAUCGUGGCCAGAAAUUUUAAUUCAAUAAAAAAUUUAAUUUAUUAUU